UCUUCUAAUAUUGAUUAUUUAUAUCCAUAUCCAUAUCAUUUUCCAUAUGUGAUACAAACGAAAUUGAAAAAAUUUAGAUCCGGAAGAAAACGACGUCCAACACAACCACAACAGCAGCAGCAGCAGCAGCAGCAAACAAUACAAUGUGCAUCAACAAUAUCGAUUGGUGAUGGUUCAUCCGAAGAUGUUGUUAUGGAUGAAUGUGCUGCCGCUUUGGUUUUGAUGAGCCUUUCGGCUUCACCUCGUUCACCCACCUUGUUUACGGCAAUGAUGAAUGAACAGCAACAAUUUCAACACCGAACAACACCCACCAAAUUAUUCAAAUGUACAUGGCGUGGAUGUAAACAUAGAACAUUUGUUCUACGUGAAAUUGAACAACAUGUCCGUUUGGAACAUUUACAAAAACAAAAUGAUGAUGAAGAAAUGAUGAGUGGUGAUGAAGAAUUUUAUUAUACCGAAGAAGAUGUGACAUUUGAUCCAAUAAUCAAUGCUGAUGCAAUAGCAACAUUGACAAAAGGUGCUAAUGGUGCUGGUAGUGGUGGUGGUGGUCAUCCAGCAUUUUCCAUUAAUCAUUAUCAUCAUCAUAAUCUAUCAUCGGGUCCUGAAUCACCAGUUUCCGUUUCUGAAUGUGGUGAUGCAGCAAGUAGUGCCAGUAGUAGCAGUGGUGGUGGUGGUGGUGGUGGCUGUGGUAGUAGUAGUGCUAUGAUGUCUAUACAUGGAGAUAAUUCAAUGGAUUCAUCAUCGAAUCCACCAUCACCAAUAGCAACAACGAUGAACAUCAACAACAAUGCUGCCACAAAUAUCAUUAAUCCGAAUCAUCAUUAUCAAAAUAAUAGAUUUUCAUCAGUAUCAUUUAUACCGGUACAAAACACUUAUCGCCACCUAGAGGAUCAUGAAUAUAAUAGAAAACCAGAUCCUGCCGGUAUAUCGAUACUUGGUACAGGUAUUCCAACGAAUACAGCAACAACAACGGUUAUUAAUCGUCGUGGCCGUAAACCCACCAACAAUAAUAAUCAACAACAACAACAACAACAAACCACCGCUGCCAUUGGAUUGAUUCAAUCAUCACAUCCAAUAAACAUUCCAAAUAAUAAUCAUCAUAUGCAGGAUAUGAAUCAAAUUAGUCAUUCUUCACCACCACAACCAUCAUCGAUUCUUAGUUCAUCAUCAUUUGGUGGUUUUAAUUCUAUUGCUAGCUCAUUUAGUAGUAGCGGUUUUGGAUCAUAUAAUGGUGGUAAUGGUGGUGGUUCAUCAUCAUCAUCAUGUUUUAGUCCAAUUUCACCAACAUCUCGUUCACAUUCAGGCUCAUUUACAUCACAAUCAUCGUCAUCAUCAUCAGCAGCAUCGGCAUCAUCAUCAUCAAUAACGGCUGGUAAUAAAUAUCUACGAAUAUCAUCAUUAAAUGGUGGCCGUAAUAAUGGUCACCAUCAUCAUCAUCAUCAUCACCAUCAUCAUAAUCAUCACCAGCAACAUCAUGGUUCAUUAUCAUCAUCAUCAUCAUCAUCAACAACAAUAACAACCUCGACAACAUUACCAUCAAAUAUUAAUAAUGCCAAUAAUCAAACAACAGCAACAUUAUUACAACAGCAACAACAACAACAACAUCGUACAUCGCCAACAAAACGUGUACGUGGUGAAACACGUAAAUGUCGUAAAGUAUAUGGUAUGGAUAAAAAAGAUUCAUGGUGUACACAAUGUAAAUGGAAAAAAGCUUGUUCAAGAUUUACCGAUUGAUUGAUUGAUUGAUUGAUGGAAAUGAAUCGGAAAAAUUUCAGCACCAACAGAAAAUCAAAAAUGAAAGAA